CGAAACCAGUCCACAGUUAGCGAAGAGCCGAACGUAGGGAGCGCUUCGUCUGUGACCGAAAAGAGACUUUUCAUGUCGCUGAAACUCCAGAAAACAAAAUAUAGUGACCCCUGAGAGCAGACGAAGCGGAGCGGAGCACAUGGAAACACUAUGUGGCCGGACAGACGGCGGUGGACUUUCACAUAGUUUCAGCAGAGAAAAGAGGCACAGUGAGGCGAGAUAAACAUGCUCUCUCCGAUGCUGGCCUCAUUUCUGCUUCUCCUCCUUCUCUGCCGGAUUUCUUUCUGCCAGUACUCGAGCGACCAGUGCAGCUGGAAGGGCAGUGGGCUGACCCAUGAAGGCCACACCAGGGAUGUGGAGCAGGUCUAUUUGCGCUGCUCACAGGGCUCUCUGGAGUGGCUCUACCCCACUGGAGCCGUCAUCGUCAACCUGCGGCCCAAUACCGUGUCGCCUGCAGCGGCCCGCCUCUCUGUCUGCAUUAAACCCUCCAAGGACUCCACUGGGACGAACAUCUACUUGGACCGCAGUGGCAAGCUGCAGCUGCUGCUGCGUGAGCAGGACCAGGCUCAGGGGAAGGUGCAUUGCUUUAGCAUCCGAGAGGGGGCCCUCUUUAUCGAGGCCAUCCCGCGUACGGACAUCAGCCGGCGGAUUACGGCGUUCCAGUACGAGCUGGUCAACGACAGGCUGAGGGCGGAGACACAAUCACCUGGUGCACCCUGUCAGCCCUGCUGCACUGAUGCUGAGAUGCUUCUAGCAGUCUGCACUAAUGAUUUUGUGGCACGAGGCAUCAUUAAGAGGGUGGAUCCGGAGGAGGAGAGCUCAUCGGUCUUUGUGGAGAUCAGUCGCCUCUACAGGCAGAAGACCCAUGUCUUUGUGUCUGGGGGUGUGAGGGUACGGAGCUGGACAGGCAACAUUAAAAUGCCCCUGCAGUGUAGGGUGAAGUCUGGAGAGGGAGAGUUCCUUUUCACAGGGACAGUGAGGUUUGGGGAGGCCUGGAUGGGAUGUGCUCCUCGCUAUAAAGACUUCCUGUGGUUGUAUCACGAGGCACAAGUGCAGGGGAUCAACCCAUGCCAUGUGGACACUGACUGACUGACUGAUUUAGCUGCCCACAUUUGCAAACAAAGCAAGUUUUCUUUGAUUGUUGAGGAGAGCUAUACUGAAAGUUCAAGCCAAUGAGAAAGAGACUGACAAACUGUCCCAAUCUUCACUCAGCUUUCCUGUGGCUCUUAGAGUAUGGAGAUUGAAAAUGUUACAAAGCAUCAUGCAAUGGAAGCUGAACGUGAUGGUCUUCUCAGAUAUGAGGAGCUUCAAAUUUUUAAAUGUAGCAAAGGUCCCAUUUGGUAUGUAUAAAAUGUGAAAUAAUAUUGUACAUUUUGAAACUGUGUGCUUUGUAAAAAAAAAACAAAAAAAGAUGUAUAGAUCUGUAUUUGUUUUCUUAAGAAAUAUGUGUAAAUUCAUAGACUCUUAUUUUGUUUAAAAAAUAUUUGCAACUUAAUGCCUGAAUUGAUUUUUUUUUUCAGGCUCUGCAAUAGCAAAACAAAGAUGAACCAAAAAAGGAAAAACAUGUUUUACUGUAGAGAAUAAAUUUUUUUUAUUCCCUUGA